GCGGCGGGAGCCUCAGUAGCCGUUUGUACCUCGACCGGAAGAGCUCUUCGCGUCACGUCGCCGUUGUCGUCGUCUCGGGACGCGCACCGCGCCAUCGCUCGUUGGAGGAUCGACGAAUCGAAUAAUCUUGCCCGUCGUGCUGCGCUCUUUUAAUUUCGUUUCUUUUUUUUUAAAUUGCAUUCGAUUUCCUGGUGCCGUUCCCGCGAAACGAUUCGCAGUUACCCAGUGUAUCUCGAAUGCACGUAUGAACGAGGGAUUUGUUUCAGUUUGGUGAAAAGUGUUUCUCGUGAAUCCUUCUGAGAGUGUAGGUGAUCGUAGACAACAAGACGAGUGUCGAUGAUAUGAACAAAGGCCAGUGAACCGUGAGCGUGAACGCAAAUGAGUGAAUGGUUACGGAACGGAGACAUGAUGAGAAGUGUCACAAGUUAUCGAGAAGCGCGACCUUCCCUUUUCGCGUCCCUUUUCGUCCUACUCGCCGUUUUCGUAAUCGGUGUACGUGGACUUAGUAAUAUAACUAUCGAUAUUCCAUUGGCCGUUGCAGCUGGCACAACCGUCAACAUGAGCUGCAGAUACGAUCUGCAAUCAGACACUUUGUACACGGUGAAGUGGUACAAGGGCCCAGAAUUUUAUCGAUACAUUCCGAAAGAGCUGCCACCGAUUCGCGUUUUCGGAGACUUGGGUGCCAAAGUUAUCCAAAAUCGGAGUGACGCUUACCGUGUAGUUUUGAAAGACGUGCAGCCAAAUAAUUCUGGGAAAUAUCGAUGCGAAGUUUCUGCCGACUCUCCAUCCUUUAACACCAUGACAGUCUCGACGUACAUGUAUGUCACCGAUCUGCCGAAGGGCGAACCUCAAGUAAGAGUGGAGAAGAUACGUUACGGCGUGGGCGAGACAGUGCGUGCAAACUGUACCGUCCCUUCGGGAAAUCCACCGGCGAAUGUGACGUGGACUGUCAAUGGGAUACCGGUAAACUCAAGUUCUAUAGCGAACGUGACGGAUAAGUUGGGCGACAAUCAACAUCUAAUGACCAUCGCAAGCCUAGAGUUUGAAACUACGCAAGAUCACUUUAACAAUGGACAGCUGCAUAUUAUUUGCCACGCUAACGUCUUUCACUUGUACAAAACGCAAGCCGUAGCCCAUUUGGUUGAGGAACGUCCGCGUUUGGCAUCUGUAUUAGGAACACGAGAAUCUUCUUACAUCGGAGGUGCAACGAAACAUUUCGAAGGAUGGUUAUUGAUAAACGCGGCGAUCAUGCUAUUGCUGUGCAAUCUGAGAUAACAACGAUGAACAUCCGUUAUUCACCGUAUAUGCAUGUGACUGUAUCAAAAAUGGAGAGGGCAAAUUGUUUGUAAAUUUUUUAAAUCAUUAAGUGCGACGAGAGGAAAAAGCGAAAAACGUUUUCUGUUGACACAUUAAAUAUCAAUCGUAUGUUAUUCGUGUAAAUAGGAUAAAGAAGAAAAAAAGUUUAGCUAAUUAUGUAUAACUGCCACCGUAAUGUGUAACUGCCACCGGCUACCCUGUCCUGUCGCGUCGCAGUGAGACGAAUUUAAAAAACGAAAUAACGUGUCAUGAAAUAUUAUGUAUUUAGAUCGGCAUGAUGAUGCGACGUCGCGCCAAAAUAUUCAACAACUCGUUUCAACAACCCUAUUACACUGUAUUUUCUAUCCUCGGGAAAUGAUUUUGAUACCUCUUCCGUAACGUUGUAGCUACCACGAUGUAUCAUCUCACGUUUCUAGGUAAAGGCUGUUAUUGUUUAUGAACGAAGUUUUAUUUCAAUGAAAAACAAAUAAAUAAUUCACCUUCGUUAA